CCAAGGACAUGUCGUAACGUGCCGUCGUUUGAACGCGUUCCGCAGAUGAUCCUGGUUGGUUUUGCAGCGUUUGUAAUGGAAAACGUGCCUUCGGUAACUAUGUGUCUGGAUCAGUGCACAAACCCACCACCGGAAACUGGUGAAAAUUUCGAGUGCAAAUCAGUAAUGUAUUAUUACAACGAGCAGGAAUGCAUACUAAAUGCAGAAACGCGGGAAACAAAGCCAGAUCUGUUCAUUCCGGAAGGCGAAGAGUUCCAGGUUGAUUACUUUGAUAUCACGUGCCACUUGCGAGCCGAAACAUGUCCGAACGGUACGUCACUUCAUGCCGUUCGUACUAUCAAUGCCGCACUGCCUGAGGGCGAAGGAUCAAUUCAUAUUCUGCAGUCUGCUGGAAAUUCAGUCACCGAAUGCUUAGUAAAGUGUUACGGGAUGGCGGCCGAGAAAUGUCGUGCAUUCAAUUUUGAUAAGCAGACGUCCGAUUGUGAUCUGUUGUACGUCGACGGCAAAACAACUUUACGGCCGGCGGUCCGCUCGGGCAUUGAUCUCUACGACCUUCACUGCCUUGCUGCUGGUACCAACCAUUACUACUAA